AUGGGGGCCAACGAGACGGGAGGCUGGGCUCCCAACUGUACCGCUCAUCCCACUCCGGAAGCGGAGCCGGACUACAACUUCGCCGCCUUGGUCUUCGGAAUCUUCCUCAUCCUCUUCAUCAUCAGCGGGAACCUGUUGGUGUGCCUCAGCGUCUGCACGGAGAAAGCCCUGAAGACCACUACCAACUACUUCAUCGUCAGCCUAGCCGUGGCAGACCUCCUCUUGGCCAUCCUGGUGUUGCCCCUCUAUGUCUACUCUGAGUUCCAGGGAGGCGUGUGGUCCUUGAGCACAGUCCUGUGCGAUGCACUGAUGACCAUGGAUGUGAUGCUAUGCACAGCCUCGAUUUUCAACCUCUGUGCUAUCAGUGUGGAUCGGUUCAUUGCCGUCUCCAUCCCACUCAAUUACAACAGGCGACAAAUCGACCUGCGGCAGCUGAUCCUGAUCUCCACCACCUGGAUCUUUGCUUUUGCUGUGGCUUCCCCGGUCAUCUUUGGCCUGAACAAUGUUCCAGAUCGGGACCCUUCUGUGUGCCAGCUGGAGGACAAUAACUAUAUUGUGUACUCCUCCAUCUGUUCCUUCUUCAUCCCUUGCCCUGUCAUGCUGGUCCUCUACUGCGCCAUGUUCCAAGGACUGAGGCGCUGGGAGGAGGCUCGGAAGGCCAAGCUGAAAAGCAGCAUCUACUUGGGCAAUCGGCGACUCUAUUGCCCGCCACCGGUCAUUGAGAGGACCCAGGCCAGCAUCAGGUUAGAAGAGCACAGGCUCUAUGCCCGCUCUGGAUGCACCUAUCCCAGGGAUUACAUGGACAAUGGCAUUCAGACUGUAUCCUACCCACACCUCAGAUACCUGCCACACGGAGGACUCAAAAGGAAACAAGCUAAAAUCAAUGGCAGGGAAAGAAAGGCCAUGAAGGUGCUGCCAGUUGUGGUUGGUGCUUUCCUUUUCUGCUGGACUCCCUUCUUUGUAAUCCACAUAACUAGAGCUCUCUGUGAGUCAUGCAACAUUCCCAGCAUAGUCACCAGUGUAGUCACGUGGCUGGGCUAUGUCAACAGUGCCCUCAACCCUAUCAUCUACACUAUCUUCAACACCGAAUUUAGGAACUACUUCCGCAAAGUUUUACACAUUUUCUGCUAACGCAGUGGGAUUCUAAACAUACAGCUGGACUCUGAGCAUAGAAUGGACUGUACGGGACAGUGCAAAGAGC